UCACCAAAGAAACAACCUCUUCUCAUUAUGUUGCUAAAGCCAAUCUCCUAAGCCUAUACUAACUGUGUAUAGAAAAGAACCAAAAAAAAAAAAAAAAUGAAAAGGUCUUCAACCUGUUCUUCUUCCUCUAAUUCUUCCAUAGCCUCACUUUCAUCACCAUCAUCACCAUCAUCAUCAUCAUUAUCAUCAUCAUCAUCAUCUGAGUCUCCUCAAAAUGUUGUAUCAGUGGUAUCAGAGAAACCCAAGGGUAAAAGGGUCAGAAAGAAUCAAAACCAGAAAUGCAUCUCCAGUAAUGCUAACACUAACAGAAGAAGCUCCAUUUACAGAGGAGUCACCAGACAUAGAUGGACCGGGAGAUUUGAGGCUCACCUUUGGGACAAGACAUCAUGGAACAACAUUCAAAACAAGAAGGGAAGGCAAGGUAAAUAAAUAAAUAAAUAAAUAAAUUUCAAUUAAUUAAAUUCUUCUUUUUUUAAUUUAUGGUUUUGUUUCAGUUUCUAGUCAGAAUACUGACUGUGUUUUUUGUUAUUCCUUGUAUCGAGCAUGCAUUUACACUUUUGUCUCCUCCUUCAGUUUAUUUGGGGGCUUAUGAUAGUGAGGAAGAUGCAGCUAGAACCUAUGAUCUCGCAGCACUCAAGUAUUGGGGACCGGAAACCACCUUGAAUUUUUCGGUAGAGAGAUAUGGAAAAGAGAUUGAAGAAAUGAACAAGGUAUCAAAGGAAGAGUAUUUGGCAUCCUUACGGCGGCGGAGCAGCGGAUUUUCGAGAGGAAUUUCAAAAUACCGCGGGGUUGCUAGCAGGCAUCACCACAAUGGGAGAUGGGAAGCACGAAUUGGUCGAGUUUUUGGGAACAAAUAUCUCUAUUUAGGAACUUAUAACACAGAAGAGGAAGCUGCGGCAGCAUAUGAUAUGGCAGCAUUGGAAUAUAGGGGAGUCAAUGCCAUCACCAAUUUUGAUAUUAGCCAUUACGUUGAACGUUUGAAGCAGAAAGGGAUUUUAUUUCUCGAUCCAACGCCCGAACAAAGUCCCAGCUCGGUUGAAGUUGGACCAAUAGAAGUCGAACAACAACCGCAACAAGGAUAUGAAGCUGCUGAUGAACAUCAACAUUUUCAGAACAUGCAAAUGCAGCUGCCUCUAUGCAACGAUAAUGCGACGACAAUGGUGGGAACGGAGACGACCGAUGGCAACGAGCUAGCAUGGAGUUUCUGCAUGGAUUCAGGGUUGACAUCGUUUUUUUCGCCGGAGUUUCCGAACGUGUUCGAUGAUAUAGGGUUUGAGGAUAAUAUCGAUUUGUUAUUCGAUUUAGGGAAUAACAAAAAUGCAGUCGGCCGAAAAUGCUUGUCGGAUGAGGCAAGUUGUGUUGAAGUUGGUGAUUCCUCAACAACCUUCUUGUGAUUGCAUUGUUUAAUGGUUUUCCAUUUUGGGGUUAAGAGUUGGGAUUGUUGGGACUUUGGUGGUGGAUGGAUAUGCCAAAGAUUCAAUAUAUAUAUAUGCAUGUAUUUCUUUUCUUUAAUUAAAUUAAAAUGAAAAGAGAAUAGAGGGACCAAAAAGAAAAGGUAAAGUUUUCUCCUUUUGGUUUUUUUGUUUAA